AACACGCCCUCUCCGCUCCGCUCCACAGGUUCAUAACGGGAAGUAUAAGAACGAGCAGAGCAGCCAUCGAUUCGCCCCGAUCUCUCCUCCCCUGCUUCUUCCUUUCCCUAAUCCAAGCCUCCGAACUCCUCGAUCGAUUUCGCCGAUCCUCCUCCGCUUUGGAUGCCGAGUUCCUGACCGAAAACUAAGGAGAAAUAGAUUGACCUUGAACGGAUGGAUUCGUGGACGCACUGGCUCCAAGAAGGGGGUUCCGCGUGAGCCGGGCCGUGGUCGAGAUGCGAGUGGUCGACGGGAAGGGCGGGCUGUUGGUGGCGGUGAGAAGGUUGUCACAGUGGCCGGCUCGAGGGAGCGGGUGCCAUUCUUCGCACGCUGAGGUGGUGACAGGAUCGACAGCUUGGCUUGGCAGAGGUCUGGCAUGCGUUUGUGCCCAAAGAAGAGAGAUUGAUGGCCGUCUAUUAUUAAAUUUGACCCCUUCUCAGGAGGAAUGUUUGCGAAGGUUACAAAGCCGAAUUAUUGUUACUUAUGAUAGUUCAAAUAAAGAGCAUCAGGAAGCACUAUGGGCCCUCUGGUAUUAUGCUUAUCCUGGAGUGGAACUCCAUGGUCUCAUAUCUAACCAGUGGAAGGAAAUGGGAUGGCAGGGAAAAGAUCCAUCAACUGAUUUCAGAGGAGGUGGUUUCAUAUCUUUGGAAAAUCUAUUAUUCUUUGCCAAAAACUAUCCUAAAUCCUUCCAUGCUCUUCUCCGAAAGCAAGAGGGUGUCAGAGCCAUGUGGGAAUAUCCAUUUUCUGUAGCUGGUGUAAAUAUUACAUUCAUGCUCAUACAGAUGUUUGAUCUUCAAGCUGGAAGACCAAGGUCGAUGGUUGGAGCAAUUUUCCUAAAGCUGCUUUUAGAAAAUGAGCGAGCUUUUGACAUGUUGUACUGCAUAACUUUCAAGAUGAUGGAUCAGCAAUGGCUUGCCAUGCAUGCCUCCUACAUGGAUUUCAAUCUGGUUAUGAAGUCAACGCGUCGUCAACUUGAACGAGAGCUCCUCUUGGAAGACACCCAAAGAAUCGAGGACAUGCCUUCCUACAGACUCCUCAAACGUUAGGAGCCAUCUAACUUUGUACUUCACAACGACGAAUCAGUUUUUUUGCAUGAAUUCUCAGAAUUUUCCAAUUUGUCGAUACUGUCCUUUGGUUUCAAGUUGUCUGAAUCAAAUGUCCAAGUAAUUCAAGGCAAUGUCAGCCAUGGAGAAUGAGUCUCGGGCAUUCGAAUGCGUUUAUUUUGAACCAGAAUGCCAAAUACUUGCCAUCCGAAAGAACAUUGAUUCAGAGUGACUUCUUUAGUU